GUGAAGAGUUGGUAUAAAACCUGGGCGCAUGUGUGUUCCUCGUUUACGAAGGAUCUCGCAAUGUCUUCGAAACACACGCUCUUUGUUGUUUGCCUGUUGGUCACCCUUGGUCUUCUGGCCAUAGGAGAGGGUGCCCCGGUCAGACUGCCCCUGACCUUGUCCUGCCGAAACAGAGCGUGUAUCCUGGUCUACGCGCCUGUCUGUGGCACUGACGGGAACACCUACUCCAACUCGUGUUUCCUCGGCCUCGCCAACUGUGGCCGGAUCGGAAAGGACGUAAUCAAAGUGGCCCACGAAGGGGCUUGUGGGACUUUGAUGUAGGCAAAGAUCGUAUAAAACAAGAUAAUUCACUCCUCCCUUUGAGACAAUUUUUUUAAUGUCCUCUAAUUCCGGAAGCGCCCUCUUCGAAAAAGUGCGGACUUUGCAAAUAGAGUUACCCUACUUCUGUGAAAAACAAUAAAAGCAAAACUAACAAA